AAUGUCAUCCAGCCAGGUCACAGCCACAGUAAAACAAAAACCUUGUGUCUGUUUACUAGGAUUUUGUUUUGUUCUCUGCAAGAUGCCAUUUUUAUUUUUCACUUCUCUUUUUACAAAGGAGUGCCGGGUCCGUAGUGGUCACGCAGAGUGAAUGCAAAUCUACUCAGCCUUUAGCUCCAUUUGUAAUCCUGCAUUAUUUGUAUUUAAUCAUUAAUAUUGGACACACUUUAUUUUGACUAAAACAUCUCUGGAAUAUAUAGAUAAUAUUUUCUUCCACUGUUCAGGAUACCUCCAAAGAUUUGGUGUUUUAAUACGUUUGACUGAGUUAGGGAAAAUGUUUUGGAGAUCUACAGUCUGCUAUGAAUACAGCCUUGGCAGACAUAAGCAGACCACAUUCAUGUGGUCUAUUAUUCUCGAUCACACUCCAGUCCAGACUGUGGCAGUAAUGCACUCAACAUCUGGUUUGCACACUGAAGAACGAACAAAAAGGGGGGAAUAAGAAGAACUCUAUAGUAGUGGCUGCGGUUCCGUGAAAGGACGUCUUUAUUUCGCCCAGAGGAAUGGCUUCUCUUAAUGUUGGGUCGACAUACUCAAAUUAUACAGACUUUAAUAAUGCGCUCACCGCAUUCGAAAAUGAGAAUUGUGUCCAGUUUUACUGCCGCGACACAGAACAAUUGAAAAAGUCAAACGAUUAAAUCCAAGGCACCAUUACAAUCCUGAGUUGAAGUAUGUGACCAUACAUCUGACUUGUAUACACGGUGGCAUAAAAUUUAUGUAUGUAUAUAAUGUAUUAUCACGUUCUAAAGGAGUGCGUCCGAAAACGAGGUAGCUAGCUUCCAAUUCUAGAUGACUUUUUUUAUUGUAUCCAUGGUCAUGUAGCCUACAUAUCUGCUAGAUCUGCUGACUGUUUUGCAGCGUCCGUCACAAUAAGAGUUUUUCAAUGUAAUGUUUUCCAGGACAAGAGAGCAUAUAUAUUUUUUUGUAGUGGUGACAGUAUAAAAAAAAACUUAAGUAUAAAUGUAUUUCGUUUUACAUUGUUCGAACAAUGUUAAAGUAGGUUCGUUGCCUCUACAGUACCUGCAGGGUUGGAUGCCCAGCUUUAAUCAAAGUCAAAACUACAGAGGAUGGAGAGAGAUUAGUUGUAAAGGAAAUGGUUAAAAUACACAACCAUGAAGUCAGUGAGGCUGCAUUCAAGCACUACCCCAAGAGGAGACAACUAUGUCCGGCUGAACGCGCCAAGUGUUCCCGAAUUGCUGACAAAGUACGAUGGCAACAAAAGAUUGGUGAUCGAAAACCUCACCAAAGUAACUGGAAAAGUCAUCCUACCGAAGGACAUUCACAACAUUGCAGCGACAAUGAACUGUCCUCCAAAAUGUGAGCGAAAGAAACAAGAGGUGAGCAAAGGGAUUCGAAUGGUGAUGGACACUGACACAAAGCUAAGAGAACAGGCAAGAAAAAGGCUGCCUGGAUCUGGUGUGCCUGGCCCCGUUGACCAACCUGGCCCUUGCAGUGAGAAACUCAAAGGUCUCUUCAUCAUGGGAGGCAACACUGACUCGAGGGGGAACACAACCGUGUGUGCAGAGUUCAACUUUGCUGCCGACAUCGUCCUGAACCGCUUCUUCUGUCCAACCUACAUCGCUACCUGGGAGUUCUGCUGUGAGAACAAGCUACCAUGGUCAUUCUGUGACAACUGGCAGGCCCAGGACUCCGACAAGGCCCGCUUCAUGAAGAGCAUCUUCAAACACACAAUGAACACCGUGGCCACUUGUGCUCACUACCAACGGGAGAUGACGGCUGGCCCGGGUUUUGUGUCGUGCGACUCGUACGCCAUGGUGGCAGCCAUCAAUGACGGUUUCGUGUGGGUGUCUGAGCCGGUGGCAGUUACGGUGGAGCUUCAGGGGACCUACACCCAGGGCAUGAUGGUCCUGGACAAGCUGGGAGUCCUGGAGAAGGAGCACAGUGGACCUGGAGAGCUUGGACUCCCUGAAGUAAUAAGGGAACUACACCUAUACCGCUGUCAAUUGUUUAUUUUUACAAAAUUAUAGGGGAGGGCUCAAAUUCCACUCUUCGUAAUGAGUUUUGUGCAGAUAGAUCUUGAUAAGAGGGAAACUGGUGGAUGUGUCUGUUUUGACUUACCAUUAUGUUCUGAAUCACCAUUUUACUUUAUCAGGAAAUAAAUAUUCUAGUUGUCUUACUAUAUAUAUUAUGAGGUCAACAGCAAAUGUCCAUGAGUGAUGUUAUCAGUUGUUUUAGAUUUCAUUAACAGGAAAGAAAUGCAAAGGGGGAUGAAGUAAAGCCUCUCUUUCUUUAUUGAAAGUGCCCAGGAAUGUACUCAGAAACGCCCCUUAGUCCAAUUGAAAUAAAAAUUCACCACUUUUCAUUA